ACGGUCUUAUUUAUUAGAGGCACAAGAGUAUAGGAUCGGGCUCUCUAUUACGCUUACACAUUCAAGUGCGAUCAUAUCGCUCUAAAAUUGAACAGUUCUAUACAUAUAAAAAAACCCCAAUCUUGCUUUCUAGGGUUAGCGAAUAUAUAUAAACUAUCUAUUACUUUACGCUCCGUGGGUUAUAUUAAUUGCUUUUAUCUGAUUCUACCUCGAUAUGGAGUCUUCUAUCGUCAUAAAGGUGAAGUUUGGUGAAACACUUAGACGCUUUAAUGUGUCAAUUAUUGGAGAAGAGCUUGACAUUAACAUGAAUGGAUUGAGACAGAAUAUCAACUCUCUCUUCAAUUUUCCUCGCGAUUCUGAGUUUACUCUCACAUAUCUCGAUGAAGAUGGUGAUAUAGUGACGUUGGCUGAUGACAGUGAUCUGGAUGAUAUAGGGAGGCAGCGUCUGAAUCCUCUGAGGAUAUCUGUAACAUUGAAUACAGAGCGGAGCUUUAACUUCCAUGGUACAUCCAGUGGAAGCUCUACUCCCAUGAGAUCUCCUAGUGUUGAGCCUUUGAUGCAUAAUCAGGAUGUCAGUGUCUCUGAAAUUUUGAAAUCUGUUCCAGAAGCUAUCCUUGAAAAGAUCUCAAAACUUCCGACUGAAAUGGGUUCUAAUACUACAGGCUCUCCACCAGUAUAUAGUGAGAUCCUUGAAUCUUUAUCGAAGAUAGGUCUCUACUACUUAAAAGAGGUUGUUGGUACGAAAAGUGUCCCUUCACCUUCAGUAAAUGCUAUAGGUACACAAGUGAAUAAAGACAACUCCAAUAUAAAGUUUGAUGGUACUGUCCAGGCUCUCAAAUCUACAGGCAAGGAUCUUGAUGCUGCUACUCAUGGCAAAAAAACCUCAGUUGGGUCUUCAACUAUCAAUCCAUCUCAUAGCUCACUUGGUGUUGCUGGCUUUCCAAGUAAAGACACUGGCAGUACUUCUACUCAGAAGUUGAAAGAGAAAUCAGAUGAAUCAUACAUGGGAUGGGGAUCCAUUUUAUCACCCAAAACUGGUGUUUCAGGGACUAAAGAUGCUUCUGUUGAGUCUAGGAACUCUUUUGGGUCUCGAGUUGGUGUCAACUCUUUUGGUGAUUGUCCUUUUUUAGGCUUACCAGUAGAUAAUUCAUCAUCAUUCAUUUCUGGACGCCCAUAUGCUCCUCACAUGCCACCAUUUAAAAAGACCUACAGUCACAAUGAUGGCAGUGGAAGCAUAUUUCAUAGAGGUGUAUGUUGUGAUGGCUGUGGGGUUCAUCCAAUAACUGGACCUCGUUUCAAAUCUAAAGUGAAAGAGGAUUAUGACCUGUGUAGCAUCUGCUUUAGAGAUAUUGGGAAUGACACGGACUACUUCAGAAUUGAUCGACCAGUUAGUCAUCGGCAUCCUUUCUCUUUGAAAGGGUUGUGUAAGCCUCCGGUCAGAGGACUGUAUCCUCCUAAACUUCCACCUCCAGUCUUGAGAGGUUCUCCUAGUAGACCCAAGCUGAACUGUCGUUUCAUGCUAGAUGUCAGUAUAAUUGAUGGCACUGUCAUGACUCCUUCUGUGCCAUUCACCAAGAUUUGGCGGAUGAAGAAUAAUGGUAAUGUUGUUUGGCCCAGUGGUUCACAGCUUGUGUGGAUCGGGGGAGAUGUGUUGAGCAAGAUACUUUUUGCUGAUGUGGAGAUGCCUCCUGAUGGUUGUCCUGUGGGUACAGAAGUCGACAUUGCUGUAGAUUUUGUUGCUCCUGAAUAUCCCGGUCGUUAUGUUUCGUAUUGGAGAAUGGCUACACCAUCAGGGCAAAAGUUUGGACAGCGUGUUUGGGUUCACAUCGAGGUUGAAGCUAUGGAUGAGAGAAGCAUGCAUAGGUUUAACUUAAAUAUGCUUCCUGUUAAUGGUGGCAUUGUGGAUCCACAAAAUGAGGAUGUUAGUGCUCAACUGGUUGACAACAUUAUUAGCAAGGCUGACAAUGUGGCAAGAACUGCCGAGCUAGUAGAACCAGUGUCUGAUGCUCCUUCUAAUCCUGACCAGGAGCUUAAUUUCCCAAUCAAUGAUACAUUGCUAGUUGGAGGGACGGAGUCAAACCCAGUGCCCCUCUCAGCAUCUUCCCUUGUUGCAGAUGCUACUUUAUCAGAAGUUGCUGCCCCCAUUGCAACUUCUCCUGUUCAAACCUUCUCUACUGGUGUUGACACCAAGGAGCAGACUCUUUUAAAAGAACUUGAGGAGAUGGGGUUUAAGCAGGUUGAUCUGAACAAAGAAAUAUUGAGGAGGAAUGCAUAUGACUUGGAACAAUCUGUUGAUGAUCUUUGUGACCCUCAGAAUGGAUUAUUGAGGAUGAGCGAAGACGACGUCGAACAAUCUGUGGAUGAACUCUCUGGUAUUUCUGAUGAGUGGGAUACUCUUCUUGUGGAGCUAGAGGAGAUGGGUUUCUCAGACAGGGAGAAGAACAAGACCGUGUUGGAAAAAAACAAUGGGAGUAUAAAGCGUACUGUUAUGGAUCUGAUCGUUGGCGAGAAUACUCAGAGUUAAAGAAAUUGCAGUUGUCACUUAUUGAUGAUCGUAAUAUAUAAAUAAAAUGCAGAGGCAUUUGCUAAGCUUCCCUCCCCUCCCCUACCCUCCUCUUUUGCUUGUAAUUAGGUACAAUUAUGCUAUGUUUCUGUAAGGUCUACUAGUAUGAUGUAUUGAUGUGGGACUUUAUUAUAUAUAUUAUUUGUCAACUAAAUGCUUUUGUUUUCUGUUAA